UUAUAUAGAGAUAUAAAAGGUUAGUUUAAAUUGACUUGUGUGAAUUCUAUUAGGAUUAGGAUUGAGUAACUUACUAUAUUAAAAUAUAGGAAAAAAUGCUUUUUUGCCUCCUCAACUAUUACGUGUGUAGACUCAUACCCCUCAAACUUUUUUGUUUGGCGAAAAUCCCCACGAUCUAUGAUAAACAAUGAGAAGUCCUCCUUCCGUCCGAUUCUGUCUAAAAUAUUAACGUUAUGUACAUGUGAAAAAGUUAAUGAGGGGUAAAAAUGGAACACCAAAACAAUGAAGAUUUUUUUAUUUAUUUAUUCUUUUCCUGAAAUAAUUAAAAUUAAUAUUAAAGAAAAAUAAAAUAAAAACAAACUUUAAAUUUGCAGAGAGAGACUCAAAGUGAAUAACAAGCCCUAAGUUCCAAAAUUUUAAGAGUAUAACCAACCAUACCCUUCGAAAUUUCGGAGCAUAACAAAGCUUCGACAUUUUCAAAGGAAUGUGGAAGGAAGGUAGUCAUUGGAGAAGCUUCACUUGAAAGUUUCAGACCUCACAAAGUGGGUUCUUAUUUUGGAUUUGGGGACACCAUGAGGGAAAUAAUUCCAUCUUAUGGUAUGACUUUUAUCAUUAAUUAUUCUUAUACCAUUUAUGUAUGUCUAACACCAUGGAUGAAUUUUUCUCUGUGAAUGAGGGUUUUAUUUAUAUGUGUAAAUACACUCGUACCAAGAGCUCCAUUUUAAAGGCUUCAAUUGUUUUGUACUGAGAAUAUUUGGGGUUAUGUGAAUGUUUUUUAGGCAUUUCUUUUUUCAUUUUGUUUGAUCGUAUCACAUGGGAAAAUAGUGAAAAUUGGAAUAUGUGUUUGUGGGGUAUAAUUUUGUUAGUCUUUGAGGGUACUGAAUGAAACAAACAGUAUUUUUCUAAUAUACGUUGACAUGAAAUUUUUAAUAAAAAUUUAUGGUAAGACUAUAAAGUGUUAGCCACACGUUUUGUUGAUCAAGAAUUCUAUUAACUAAUUGAAGGAAGGUUUUGUGUGUUUGUAUUUGAAUUGUAUUGUAUGGUGAAUUGACGUCUCUAAUGGGAAGAGAAUGUACACUUGCUUUGCUGAUUUGAGAGAUGGAUUCAAUGCUGGAUGCAGGCCAUUGAUUGGCUUAGAUGGUUGUCACAUAAAAGGACCACAUAAAGGGCAAUUGCUAACUGCAAUUGGAAUAGAUGCAGACAACGGUAUUUAUCUUGUUGCAUUUGCUGUUGUCGAGAUUGAAAAUAAGGAGACAUGGAACUGGUUCUUACAAUGUUUAAGAGUAGACUUGAAAAUAGAGAAUUCAAAUCAUUGGACUUUCAUUACAGAUAAACAAAAAGGAUUGCAACAGUCAUUAAAGGAUAUGUGGGAGGAGGGGUACCUGAAGCCGAGCAUAGACAUUGUGCAAGACAUUUGGAGAAGCAUUUUAUCAAAGUGUUUAGAGAUAAAAAAUUAAAGGACCUCUUGUGGAAGGCUGCGAGAGAGGUUACUAUUCCUAGGUUUCAGGCUGUAAUGGAAGAGAUAAAGCAGCUUGAUAAGGCUGCCUAUGAUUGGUUAAUGGAAGCAGGACCCCAACAUUGGAGCAGGUCACAUUUUAGGACUCAUCCGAAGUGUGACAUUCUUCUGAACAACUUGUGCGAGACAUUCAAUGGGAUCUCAGCAGUAUUAGUAGCAAGAGAGAGACCGAUAUUGUCCAUGUUGGAAAGGAUUAGAAUUUAUCUACUCAAAAGACUUACCAGGAAUAGGCAUUCGACAUUGAAGUGGGAGUCGAACAUUGCACCAAGGAUACAAGAAAUUCUUGAGAAGAACAAGGACAUAGCUAGUGGACAUAUCUCAUUGAAGUCUUCAGACUUUAUCUACCAAAUUCAAACCAUGCACGGAAGCUUGUAUUAUGUAGACUUGAAGGAGAUGAAGUGCUCUUGUAGAAAGUGGGAUCUCACUGGAAUUCCAUGUAGUCAUGCAGUAGCUGCCAUAUGGAAUAAACAUGGGGAACCAGAAAAUUAUGUAAGUAAAUGGUACACAAAAGAGUAUUAUUUGAAGGCUUAUGGACAUCAAAUAUUUCCAAUUAGGAAUCAAGAUCAGUGGCCUAAAAGUGGUAAGGUUGGAAUAGUGAAGCCUAUUUCCAAAGUUCAACCGGGUAAACCAAAAAGAAGUAGAAAACUUGAGCUUGAUGAAAUGGUGCCACCAACAAGAACUAAAAUGAAGCGAAGGUACAUCAUAAUAAAAUGUUCAGGAUCUGGUGCAAAGGGUCAUAACUUUAGGACGUGUGUAAGAAACAAGGAAAAGAAUUCAGUUGCACCAAGAUAUAAACAUAAAACUGGAAAGAAAAAAAUUGUGGCAUCACAACUUGGGCAGCUAGGUCAAGAAGUCAACAUGCAAAGCUCAUCAAUUUCUCAGCAUCACCAAUGAGAAGGAUUGCAGCAAGAUCUCUUGCCAAAUUGACAAAGAAAUAGGAUUGAAUGAUGAUUCUCAUUUUGAAGCCAUUUUAAAACUUUGUUUGUAAUACAAAGUUUGCUGGUUUAUGGUAAACUUAUAUGACCAUAUGAACUUACUUUAUGGUAGACAUUUAUCUAGUACAUGAUUUGGUA